AUGGAAUUCGGAAAUGUUUACGAUGUUGAUUUUGGUGAUUUGGGUGAUAAUUUUGACGACGAUAUUGAAGAAAGAGCCGAAAUCGCUAAUCGCGUUAUACAUAGAAAACCGUAUACAAUUUAUGCAAGCGAAAAUCAUUUUUACAAAUGGGACGAUAGAGAAUUUUUUAAACGGUUUCGAUUAACAAAACAGAGUGUUCAAUACUUACCGCGACAAACGGAACAUCGAAUACGACAUCGAACAGAGCGAAAUAAUGCGGUUUCGCCCAUGUGUCAAUUGCUUAUGGCUUUAAGAUUUUAUGCUUCUGGAGACAUGUUAAUAUCUGUUGGUGAUUUCGGAGGCAUACACAGAACCACUGUAUAAAAAAUGAUUUCGAAUGUAAUAGAUGCAAUAGCCCAGAAGCUGAAGUAUUUCGCAAUCGGAAACAUUACUUUAGCCUUAACGUUCAAGCGAUUGCAGGACCUA